AUGAUUGAUGUGUCCGAUUUUAUCGAAAGACAAUUACGUAGGAAUGGUACGAUCAUUGUCACUACUAGUAAUAGAAUUGAUCCGGAACUUGGCGGGCAUAAAAGACGAGAUAGUAAUGAAACUGUUGUAAAUGCAUUCACUAGAGAUUAUAGUGGUGACGAAGAGUCGACAAAAUCAUUAUUAAGUCAAUAG